AUGGGGCUGACGAUUAAGGGGCAACGCAUCCCAGAUGUAGCAGAGCCUCUGGAAGGCGUGCGGGAGAGCGGCAGGCGGCUCGAGCAGGGGCGCUCGGGGACUGCGGCCGCGGCCACCGGAGCGCGGGGGACAGCGGGAAGCGGCGCGGAGGCGGGGCAGGGACCAGGGGAGGCCCAGCCGCGUCCCGGCCCCCAGCCACCCGGCCCGGGAGGCUCGCAGCUGGUUUUGAGGGAGCGGAGCACCCCCCACCCCCGCUCCCAGGGAGGCAUCUGGAGCUCUGAGCCCGCCUCCCCGCAGCGAUGUCACCUGCCUCAAGGCAGCCUCGCUUGCGGAUCCCUGGCUGGGAAGGAGCACGGACGCUGCUGGCUGUACCUGAUUAGCCGGAGGAGCAGGCCCCGGCGGCGAAGAGUUCCGUUCUGCGGAGUCCCCUCCCUCCCCACCCCGCGUCAUCUAGCUCUCGGAGCCUGGGCGCUGCUCCUCCCCAAGUCUCGCCAGAAACUUCAAGGGCUAAUGGUUGUGUGUUCCAGCGGUAAUGAGGAGGCCACACAGCUCUCCAGCACUCCGCUAAACAAAUGUGUAAAGCACGUCCCGGCCUCCGGGGACAGAGUCGGACAGGGAGGCAGCUGGGACCUCUGCUGGCGAGGUCCUCCGCGAGGGGAGUGGCGUCUGCGUGACCCUCGGCAACUCUGCUUAGGCCUGGGUCGUCCUCCGGUUUCCUCAGAGCGAAGAAAGAGAGGUAAAGAACAUGCAUCUCGCCACCCUCCGGACGAGCCGGGGAACCUGUGUCUUUGCUUGAAAACUUUUCCAAAUAAAUCACUCCGGCGGCUUUGAGCUGUGGACAGGGGCUGGAUGCUGCUCUUCACCACGGCGCCACGGAUGUAAAGGAUAAGGAGCAGUCCUCCCCCACCUCUUUCUUUCUUCCCCACAUAAGUCAGCCCUAUAAAUCAUUCGCAUUGUUUAAGGUACAUUGAUCAAUCUAAUGGCUUGUAAUAGGUUCCUAAUUGCCACUUGCAGAAGCCUGCAGGCUCACGUUUGAAGAGGGCCGGUUCGGAGAGUUGACCAAGUCCACCUUGAGCUUGAAACUGGGCCAUUAUGGAACCCAGAGCAACCCCCAGGAUGGCCCAGUCCCUCCUGUCUCAUCUCCUGGGGUGGAAGAGGGAGGAAAGGAUUCUAAUGUGGUAUUUACUAUCCCCUCCUUUUUUCAUAUAUCACUUCCAAACCAGUAAUUCAUUGAUGACCAAUGAAUUAGCCCAAGCUGCAAUUUAUUGAUUAUUGUGGACUGAGGGUCAUUUAAUUAAUACCAGACAAGGAGUGUUCCGUAGUUCUAUCUCACAUUUGUAUUUAAAAAAAAAAAAAAAAAAAAAAAACUUCCCUAGUUACAAACUAGUAU